AUGGCAUCAAACCACGAACAAGUGCACAGGCAAUUUAUGAGAACUUUUAGAAUGAAUUAUGAAAAUUCUGAUUCAAGUUCCAGUGAUGAUGACGAUCUUGAUCGUCAAGGAUAUAAGAAGUGUUCGGGCUGUACAGAUUGGGAUCACCAAUUAAUAUAUUGUUCGGCUUGUAAAAGGUCCUAUCACAAUAAUUGCCAUAUUCCUCCUAUCAGCAUGUCAUAUACAGAUUUAGCGUCCUAUGAAUCUUGGAUAUGUACAAUGUGCGUUAACAUAGAUGAUAUAUCAAAAGUCAUAAGUGAAACAACGAGUGAUUCCAAUAAAAAAAUUCUCAAUAAGAACGAAAUGAUUAUGGCAUCACGCAUAUUAUUAGAGUUGAUUGGCGAUGAGAAAAACAGUUUUCAGUUUUUGGAGAUUCCAUUUAAAUAUAGUGAUCCCCAUUACUAUAAAGUGGUUCAUAGACCAGUAUCAUUAAACACUGUAAAAGAACGAUUAUCAUCCGAGAGCAAUUGCUAUACAUCGUUCUACGAAGUAAUAUGUGAUAUUAAAAGAAUAUAUUCAAACUCUUUGUACUAUUACCAUGCUUCAGAUCCAUAUUAUGCAAUGGCUCAAAAACAAGAAAAGUUGUUAUUUGAAAUGCUCAAUAAAUGGAUACCACAGUACCAAGACUGCCACAUUUCUACACUACUUUCAAAAUCUAAAAGUGAACAAGUGUAA